UACUAAUUAGUUCGCCAAUUUAAAACGCUCGCGAAAUGUUCGUUGUUUGCCAGAGCUUUUAAUGAUAAGUACAUCCAUCGGCGUGUGAAAUUGGAUAGAGUUCUUUUUACACAAAAGUUUUCAAAUCCCUCACACAUUUUACCGGGUUAUAUUAACGUAACAAAAUGAUAUAUGAAACAUCGUAUGAUAGUGGGCACAAACCCUUUUCCCCCGACCUGAAGAGAGGAAAGUGGGAUAAGCCCACUGACUAUAUAUUCGCCUGCUUUGGAUUAGCCCUUAAACUGGAUAUAUUCGUGGCCUCGUAUUGGUUCUUCUUCGAUAUGGGCAUUUUUGGGAUGCUGCCGUACCUAGUUUACAUGGUGAUAUAUUUGGUUCCAAUCAUGGUCAUUCAUUCCUUCAUGGGUCAGUUCUCCAGCAGUGGAUUCAUCUCCGCCUUCCGGCUGUCACCGUUUUUUAAAGGAAUGGGAUAUGUAAGCGUUUUCCUGACCAUCGCCAUGUUGAUUUACUACAGCAUCUUUGCUGCAGUUCCUCUGCUCUUCAUGAUCAACUCCUUCCGACCAACCUUGCCAUGGAGUUGUGAAGGUUUUAAGUUGUGGUACAAUGAAUCGGAUGGAAGAAAGACAACAUGUAAUAUGACAAUCAGUGAGGAUCUUACGGAUAUCUCCGAUAACAACACGCAUUUUCACAGAAUACUGUUUCAUGUACCUUCCGUACUCUACUUUCUAAACAACUUUGAAAGCGUCCAAGGGGAAUAUUAUACAGAUUUGCGCCAAGAAUCUGAGCUUUCCUGGCGAUUUGUGAGCCUCUUUAUACUAGUUUGGGCAGGUUCUUUCGACUCACAAGUAUUGACCCAUUGGACUCUGUUUUUGUCCAGUGCUACCGCAUUGUCUUCUUUGGGUUGGCCGAACCUGUGGACCUUUAUUUACUAUACAAUGUUGUUGAUGGCUGCUCUUAUUGUGAUAACGACGCAAAUCUUUACUGUUCUGCAAAGUUUGUUUGAUGAGUUUGAAAUACUCAGAGUGAGGAAACAGGAGGUAACCUUUGGCCUAAUUGGAGGUAUUGCAGUCUGCUCCUUUUACUUUUGCACAAAUCAUGGUAUUACUUUCUUCGCGGCCUUGGGUCUUGAUGCCAUUUUUUCACAUAGUUUGCUGCACUUAUUGCUCCUUUUGGUGGUUUUGUGGAUCUAUGGUCGUGAACGAUUCCAGCGGGAUAUUGAGUUCAUGUUGGGCCAGCCCUUUGCCUCCUGGAAGAUUUUCAUACUCCGCUUUAUAGCACCAAUAAUUUUAAUUAUGUGUCUGGUAUUAGGAAUAUUUGUGUGCUACAUGGAGCACUCUUAUACCUCACCAAUCGUCCUCGGAAUAUCUAUCGUACUAGUGAUUUUACCCAUGAUGGCCAUUCCUGGUUAUGGAAUCUACUACAUAUACCGUAGCACUGGAUCCUUUUGCGAACGCUUCAGACGCACCUGCCGACCCACCGAUUGGUAUCCAGUUGAGAUGGAGCACCGCCAGCAGUACGAGGAAGCUGUUAGCAAUACUGAUAUGACCCAACAGCUUACCGCAGUGCCAAACUGAGUUCUUCCAUCACGAGUAACUCCUUCAUUUUGCUGAAUAAUCAAUAGUGCUUUUAAAUUAUACUUAAAUGUUUUUAAAUACUAAGGGAAUGUCCUGCCUAUCAGGCAAUUUUCCAAAUUGUAAAUGGAAAUAGCAAGUGAUU